UCCUCGGUUCUCCUCUCGUUGCCAUACUGGAGGUCAUCUCCGAGGCGGACCUUGUUUAGUCUACUUGUACCGCGCUGUUUUGGUGGUGUAAUUGAUCGCAAAGCCUGGGCAAGAAGCAGAGAUGGACUAUCCGAAAUCGAAGGUGACGGAGCUAAAGGAGAUACUGACAUCAAGGGGUUUGUCCACAAAGGGCGUCAAAGCAGAACUGAUCGCUAGAUUAGAAGAGGACGAUGCAGCGCCAAUGGCGCCAGCCGCGCCAGCUCAGGACGAGGCAGAAGUCGAAAUCCCUUCUACAGAACCUGCCAAGGUGGACGAAUCUGCUCAGGUCGAGGAGUCUGCUGCAGCUCCAGCUGUUGCUCCGGCUCCAACUUCAGUCUCUGAGCUUUCCCCCCGGCCUCAUCCCGAGGCUUCGGAGCUGAUGAAGCAGACUGCCCAGGCAGAAGGAGUGGUCGAGACGCUUGAGGCUCAGGAUGAGGUGGAGAUUCAGGCAGAGCAGGAGGAAGGAAUAGGUGCAGAGACUGCUACAAAGUCAGAGGCUACGGCUGCUCCGCCUUCCCUGACAAGUCGGCUAAGCACUCAAGAUGGUGAGAAGAAGCCAGAGCAGCAGGAGGAAGGAGGGCCAUCAAUGCUCUCUGCAAUUGCUUCAGCUCACUCAGCCGGCGUCGAGGCCAUCGUCCCCGGCGAGUCCUCUGCCUCACCUCUGCAAGCCGAGUCUGCCCCUGCUUCAACGUCCACGUCCAACCCUCCGCGAAAAGCUGCCAAGGGAUCUGCUCCUCUCUCCUCACUUGCGCCGCCUCACCCGCCCACUAGAGCUCUCAGAGUGACUGGACUGGUCAGGCCCAUGAUGCUGCCGAGCUUAAAGGAGAUGCUGCGCGAAAAGUUUGGUGAAUUGGAUGAGAGCGAAGAGGUCAAGGGUGGAGUCUGGCUUGACGGGAUCAAGAGCGCGGGAUGGAUUGUGUUCAAGGAAGCAUCUUCCGCUCAACAACUCUUCGAGACCUUCAACUCCAAGCCGUUUCCCUCCUCGGAUAGCUUCCGAACUCCCGUCUCCUUCUUCUACGUACCAGCAGAGCAAGUCCCUCGCCUCUUGCAAGAGGAAGAGGAUUUCUGGGAAAAGGAAAGGGGAAGGAUGGACAUUGUUGCUACUACUUCUCAAACUGCAGAGGAUGGAGGAGAGAGAAAGUACGAGUACUCCACUCGUCCGGUGCGGCAACAGAAGAAGAUUCGAGAUCCCAAGCCUCCUCCCCCCUCGGCUACUGCUGCGCACUCGAUCUCGGGAGCUGCAGCAGGUGGACAAGGCUUGAGUAUUCGAGGCUCAGGCUUCAAUAAGCGGGCAGGAGCAGCUGCGAAUGGAGCGGGCGCAAGCCCUGUAGCCGAUCUUCCCAUGGAUGCCAGCUCCCUCCCUCCAGUCAGCUUCCCGCCCGUGCGUUCUCCGAAGCAAGACCGAUCAAGAGACGAGGGCAGAGGAAGAGGAAGCAGGGCGGAGGGGCGGUAUCAACCCUACCCUCCUCCCGGAGAUCGAGACGUUGCGCCAGCUCCAAUUGCAGACCCCUAUGCCAAGGCUACUUCGCCUUCUUCAGUAGGCCCACUGCGAGACGCUCAGACCGAGCUCGAAAUCUCCCGAAGCAGGGAUGCUGCUGCUAGCGCCUACGCAGGGCGGGGUGGGAGAGGUCCCUCUGGUCCACCUUCGGCCGCUUAUGAUUCGAGGAGGGACGACUAUGCCUCUGCGAGGGGAGGAUACGGAUCGGUACGAUGAGCGAGACAGGGAUAGGGAUGGCCGACGGAGAGGGUACGACUACGACUACGACUACAAUUACGAUUACGAUCGUCGCGCGCCAGUACAAGCGGCUACAAGGGACGAGCGCGGCUACUCUGGCAGGAGUAAUGGUAAUGGCAGUGGCAGUGGCAAUGCUGGCGGCUUCAGAGAUGCAAAAGCGGUGCGAGGCGCUUCACCUGGAUGGAUGGGCGAUCGACCUCCCCCUCCCGCUGGCCCUGCUCGGACUAGU